UGUGACGCUAGCCACGCCCAUACGAUAUGGCGGGAAAGUUUUCUUGCCUGUGCUCCAUGUAAACAUGUCGGAGUGUAAAGCUGGUUAAAGCGCGCUGUGUUCGUGUAGAAGAGGCCGUGUUGGGUUUGGGGAAGCGCUUGUGUUGUACAUUAGUGUUUUAAUUCCACAUUAACUCCGUUCUUUACCCUUGUGUGUGUAUAUUACACCGUCAUGGCGGAGGUCAGUGAGCUGAGUGCAGGAGAGGAAGAGGAGGAGGAGGAAGAGGACGUGCUGACACCAGCCGAGCUCAUCACCAGGCUGGAGGAGGCCUGGCUUAAUGAAAAGUUCUCUCCUGAGCUCCUGGAGAACAAAUCUGAGCUGGUGGAGUGUGUGAUGGAGCAACUCACACACAUGGAGGAGAACCUGCAGCGUGUGAGGAAGGGUGACCUGAAGGCCAGCAUCCACCGCAUGGAGAUCGACCGCAUCCGCUUCGUCCUCAGCAGCUACCUCCGCUCCCGCCUGCAGAAGAUUGAGAAGUUUUUCCCUCACGUGUUGGAGAAGGAGAAAUCGCGAGCAGACGGCGAUCCCUCAUUCCUCUCCCCCGAGGAGUUCGCCUUCGCCAAAGAGUAUCUAGCUAAUACAGAAGUGUACCUGAAGGCUGUGGCGCUGAAACACAUGCCUCCCAACCUGCAGAGCAUCGACAUGAUCAAAUCAGUUCCAGAGCCGUGUCUGGACUCCUUCGUGUUCCUGCGUGUAAAAGAGAAGCAGGACAACAUCCUCGUGGAGCCUGAGACUGAUGACCAGAGGGAGUAUGUGGUGGAUCUGGAGGAAGGUUCACAGCACCUGAUGCGUUAUCGCACUAUAGCGCCUCUAGUGGCCAGUGGUGCAGUGCAGCUGAUCUAGAGUCUUAACACAAGACACCGAGACUGAUGAUGAUGAUGAUGCACUGUGUAUUAUUUUAUAUAGUUCAUAUUCAUUUCUGUUGUAUUGAUCUGUUUAAAAAAUACAAGCUUUCUGAUAUACAGCAA